GUCGUGUUACGCACAGUCAGUUGUCUAGUUUCGUUCAAUUAUGUUUGAAAGUGCAUUAAGGUGGCAGUGGUUUUGCAUAGUUAAUUCUGAAUGUCAUGUUACGUGAACUCUUCCUUUGUUGUAUGUCAAGCAGACAAACCCUCCCCAUUUUCCCUCGUGCAUCUGUGUACCGUAUCGACGUCUUCUUCCGAUAUAUGUGAUAGAAUUAUGGUGGAGCUUGGGGCGUAUAAAUAUGUAUAUGCCCAGCUUAUACACUACUUAUGGACCAGACUUGGUCUGGUGCCAAACUUGUCAGGAUAGUAAUCUAUUGACAGUAAAACCAAUGGUUUCAGUGCUGAGAAAAGUAUCUCAUCUUGAACAAGGAUCUCGUUACUUUUGUACAAGUAUUCGUAUUUGUUCUUCUGUUAGUAACGCCAGCAUUCCUGCCCCAAGAACUAAGAUUUACUCGCAUUUGGAACAAGUUUCUCAAAUACCCUCAGUUAUUGGCAAAUUUGCCACUUAUUCUGAAAAUGACUAUUCACUUUUUAUUGAACCAUUUCUUAAAGUUGAGUUGACUGAGGAACUCAGAGCUUUCAAUGAUCUCUCACUCCUGCUUCGAAAACCAACACUUAAUACAAUUAAGGAUUUAAUCGAUCUUCAAAAUUUGCAAAGGGAAAGCUUCAGAGAAGAAACUAACUCUUCUGAUUCUGUUAUUUUAGCAAAACGCUCUGUUCCGCGAUUUGUAUUUUAUGGUCAACCUGGAACGGGUGUGUCUACCACUUUAGCACAAAUCACUUGUUUUGCUGGCAACAACAGGUGGCUUGUAUUUCCUUUCACUGUAUGUGAAAACUUCUUGGAACCAUCACUUGAUAUUGCUCCCAGCAAUGAAUAUCAUUAUAAUCAACAUCGUGAAGAAUUUACAGGUGAUGCUUUUGAUUUUCCAGCUCGUUCUGCUGAUUGGCUUAAGGUCUUUCUUAAGAUCAAUCAACCACUGCUUGAAAAGAUAAAACCAGUCAUUUCUCGACAGGUGGAAUGGACAAGAAAGGAUAUAAUGCCUGUAGGGACAUGUUGGGUGGAUGUAAUCAAUUAUUGUGUUGCCAGAACUAAAUACGCAACAGACUGUAUUGGGAUUCUACUAAGAGAGAUGCGUUCUCUUUCGUCUACUCCCGAUGGUCCACCCUGUCUACUUGUCAUCGACGGUGUAAAUUUUAUAUGGUGUAGGGGAACUUUAUUACGGGAUAAAACCCUUUGUGUCCAGAUUAAACCAGAUCGUUUAGCCAUUGUACACCAUUUGAAACGUGCAUUGAAAGGAGAUUGGCGUCAUGGUGCCAUAGUUACUUCUACAAAUAUUCGAGCAGCUUGGCCUACGGAUAGAGAAGAGUAUACUCCUGGUUAUCUAUUGGGAAAAUCUGGUUUCGAGUGUAUGGAUCCAUUUGUUCCUGUUCUUGUUGAUAACUACACUCCAUCAGAAACUGACGCUUUGUUAAGAUUUUAUGAAGAGAACAAAUGGCUUACAAAUCCUGCUGCUUUUACACCGAAUGGACGAGCUGAAAUAAUCUUCCUCUCUGAUAAUAAUCCCUUAGAACUUAGUCGUAUUGCUGCUGAAUGGUAG